AUGUCUCUUUGUUAUGGUCCGGACGGCGUAAAAACAGAGGAGCACGUGGACGGGAAGAGCGUCGCCGUAUCCAUAGCAACCCUCGCUCAAACAUCACAACACAGGGCUGUUUCCAUGGCGCCCGCCUCUGGGACCGUAGUAUUUGGGCAGAAACACACUGACCUACAUUCGGUGAAGCAGAGGAAGAGGAGGAGGCAGGACUCUCACGUCUGCAUUCAGCCUGUGAUGGGUUCAACAAGGCGGAAGGACGGAGCUCUGGAGCCCGGGGCCCCGCACUCACCCAGGCCCCAGAACCCAAACCCGGACCGUCUCAGGCCACAGCUGUCACGGCGCAUCAGCAGACGUGCAGCUACACCGCGCCGCACUCGUCCCGUGUGUCGCACCACAUCUGCCGUCAAAGCAGCCCAUAAACCCGACCAGGAGAAGGUCAGAGCGCGGGGGAGAGAGCCGUGCGGAAAACCUGGAAGUCCGAGCGGAGAGGUCCCUGCGGGUACCAGCCGGUCCCGGGCCGUGAAACUGCAGAGCCACAGGUCAAUAUGCAACACGCCAGACCGAUGA